AACUACUAUGCAUCAAUUCAAUUAUCCCCAUAAUUUCUCAUAAAACAGUUAUAAAACCAGUUUCCCUCCAAAAAGACAAAACCAACCCCAUUUUCUCUUCUAAAACGGCUAUAAACCCAAUUACACAAACCCUCACAAAUUCCUUCUGAGUCAUCAACUUCAAUGGCGUAUUUCAAGAACAUUUUCACUUCUGCUUUCACAAGCAUAUCAACAACUUUAUCAUGCCCAUUUUCAAGAACUCACUUCUUAGCCACAUCUUUACUCCUCCUCUCAAUUCUUUUACUCUCAAAUUCAAUCACUAACCACUCCCCAUCUUUCACCGCCUCUGCCAUCGCCUCCCGUCUUCUCUUCGCUGCAUCUUAUAUCUCCCCGUUCUCCUCAAUCAAACCGUCAAAAACAUGCCUCGUCUCCGAUUUACGCGAUAAUUGCACCCUCUCUUCGGUCACUGCAAUGGAGAGAACUCGAAGGAAUUCAAGAAAAGAAGACACGGAUUAUGACGACGAUGUUGUUUCUUCAAGACUUAGUUCUUGUGAUAUUUUUAGUGGGAAUUGGGUUCUUGAUUAUGGUUUUGAUCCGAUUUAUAAACCAGGGUCUUGCCCGUUUGUUGAUGAUUCUUUCAACUGUUUCAAGAAUGGGAAACCUGACAUGGGUUAUCUUAGAUAUCGAUGGAAACCACAUGGGUGCCAAAUUCCAAGAUUUGACGGGAGGAACAUGUUGGAGAUGCUGAAAGGAAAAAGAUUAGUGUUCGUUGGUGAUUCAUUGAAUAGAAAUAUGUGGGAAUCUUUGGUCUGUUCUUUAAGAGAAUCAUUGCUGAAUAAAACCAGAGUUUUCGAGGUUUCUGGCAGAAAAGAGUUCAGAACUUUGGGUUUUUACUCUUUCAAAUUUAUUGAUUAUAACUGCUCAAUAGAUUUUGUAAAAUCACCAUUUUUGGUUCAAGAAUGGAAAGCAUCGGACACUUCUGGGAGAAGAAGAGAAACACUGAGGCUUGACGUGAUUCAGGGGACUUCCACUAAGUAUUGUGAUGCUGAUAUUAUAAUUUUCAAUACAGGCCAUUGGUGGACUCACCAAAAGACCUAUAAAGGCAAAGAUUACUUUCAAGAAGGCAGUCAUGUGUAUAACAGAUUAGAAGUGACAGAAGCUUACACGAAAGCUUUGUCGACAUGGGCGCAAUGGGUUGAUGCUAAUGUCAACAGUAGUCAUACGAGGGUCUUCUUUCGAGGCUAUUCAGCUUCUCACUUUAGGAAAGUGGCAUGGAAUAGUUCAAUUGGCCGAUGUGAUAGUGAGAAGCUGCCGAUAACAAACGACACAGACCUUGCACCAUAUCCAUGGAUGAUGAGCGUAGUUGAAUCCGUUAUAUCGGAAAUGAAGACGCCUGUGUUUUAUCUCAACAUUACUCGAAUGACAGAUUACAGAAAAGAUGGCCAUCCUUCUUCUUACAGGCAACCUGAGAUCAAAAGAACCCCUGAAAUGAUCCAGGAUUGUAGUCAUUGGUGUCUGCCUGGUGUUCCAGACUCCUGGAAUGAGCUUCUCUAUGCCACUCUCCUGUUAUCACACCAUGAUAUGCCUAAUAAUCAUUAGUGUACUAUUAAUCUAAAUUCGAUUACUUUUAA